CAACUGCAUGGUCUAGUGACCCCCUAGUAGUCCAGCUAGGUCAACCAAAAAUGUCCAAUUAGUAUGCGGCCACGGUGGCCACAUGGACCAACACACACACCCACACACACGCACACACAGACACACACACGGAUUGCAAAAGAGGCCGCGAAUGAAUCGAUCAUGAAAUCACACACGAGCUAGUGUCUGUAUACCUCCCUCCCUCCGUGGCGUCACUCACUCACCCCGAUCAACCCAUCCAGAGAGAGAGAGAAAGAGAGAGAGAGACGCACACACACACACACACACGCACCUGCACAGACUAAGGUGCUGCACAUAAGACACAUAACAGCUCAUCCAUUCAUUCACCGAGCCUGUUUGACUCUGCGUGCUCAUGGGACUGUGUUUGUAUGAGUGUCACGGACACACAGACGAGCGUUACGGUUAAUGCAAGCUGCCCCCCCUCCAUUCAUUUGCUCAUGUGGGUCACUCAGUCAGGUGCCCAGGUUCUCGAGGUUAAUGCUGAAAGGCUUCAUCAUCUCGCCACACGCCCUGAUGACGUCAGUGCCCAGCACUCCGCCCAGAACGGCAAAGCCAGGCGGGUCGGCGAAGAAAUUCGGCGACUGCAUUCAUUCAAGUGCACCGAAGGGACAGACAGACAGACAGACAGGCGAUGAGUGACAUGCAGUUUGCAAGUGAAACAGUCCUCGUUCGUAUCUGACGCACGUACCUCAACUCUGAAGUUGAGAGGGGGCGAGCAAACCGGCCCGCUGAUUUUGUCAGCGAGGUCCAAGGACAGCUUGGCUACGGGGGGAGGGAUGACGUCAUCCAAAUUGCAGUAGUCGUAUAGCAGCCUCAGUGCGUCACUCGCACGCUGGCACACCAGCCUCCCUGCCCAACACACACACACGUGACCUGGUUGAUGCUUGACCGAUGACAUACGUGCAGUUCACCUCCUGGCGACCCG